UCACUAUUUUUACUCGUUGAGUACGGUAAAGAAUUAGCUUAACAGGAUCGUUUUGUUGGCUUUUUAAAAAAAAUGAAAGUUCCUAAAGUAUUAAAGUCAGUGAGGUACACAUUAGCUGGUGUCAAUACGAUUUAUUGGCUAACAGGAAUUCUUCUUUUGAUAAUCGGAAUAGUAGCAGUUUUGGAGUAUUCCUACUACAAUGUGUUGCUGACAAAACGCUUCAUCACACUGCCAGGAUUCGUGAUUGCUACUGGUGUAAUUAUAAUAUUGACGUCCGUUCUAGGAUUUUAUGGCGCUGUUUCUGAAAAUUUCUAUUUUAUUGCUGCGUAUGUAGUACUUUUGCUGACGACUUUGGUGUUUGAAAUAGCAAUGACGGUUGUAGCAUUCGGAUUAAAAAAUGAUGCCGUAUCGGAAAUCAGAGCUCCUAUGAUACAGAGCGUUCAGUUUUACGAAACACGGCGAGACGUCGCUAAACUAUGGGACGAUUUGCAAAUGGAAUUUGAAUGCUGCGGUGUGGCAGGUCGGAACGACUGGGCACGUGACCGCAUCCCGGUCAGUUGCUGCCACAUCGACUACGGCACGGUCUCGCCGUUCGUCUGCACUACCGCCAACUCUUACCUCGUUGGCUGCGCGAGCGCUCUCGGCGAAUGGUUGAGUUACUAUGCCUACGUCAUCGGUGUUGUAGCAGCAAUAGUCACUGGAGUACAGUUGCUGAUCACUGUCGCUUCGGGCUGGCUGGCUUGGAGGUCUAAGUACGAGGAAGUCGAACUGGAGUCUUAGAUUAAGUCAGUGUAUUGUUUUAAAAACUUUAGUUAAGGUUUAGGAUGGUCAAUACAAAUAGUUAUUUUUGUAGAUAGUCUUUAGUCGAAUACUUUAGUUUCAUGUGUGCUGUAAGAGUUGUAUUAAUUUCGAAUUAGUGUCAAUUGGAUUGUUCGUUGUGAAAAUAUAAUGUGACACUAUAAUUUAUAGUUCCUUUGUUUUCGUUAAAAUAAAUGUUUUAAAUAUAA